AUGCGUAUGUUUCUGGUUUUGAUUUUGGGGGUGUUGGUGGCUGCUGUCGUCGGGGAGGAUGUUGCUCGGCCGCAUAUCGAGUUUCCCGCCGGUGCGGCAGGGGGUUUGGAGCUUGUUCAGAGCGAGUACAACCAGUUUGCCCCGCAGCACCACGGCGGAGACCAUCCCGGCGGAGAUAAGAAGCACCAUCCGGGCGGAAAGAAGAAGCAUCAUCACGAGGAGAAGGAGGGCAAGAAGAAGUUGGCGCAUUGGAUGCAUCGCUGGGGCUGGAAUCCUUCGCGCCACCAGUUGGACAAGCUGUAUUCGCUCGUUCAGCCUCACAAACAUCACCGCAAGCAUCGCCAGCAAGGUAGCGAGGGUCAUCACGAGGGUCAUCACCGCCAGGGCGAGGGAGAAGAGAAACACCAUCAGCAAGUGGUUGAGAAGAAGCACCGCCACGAGGAGAAGGUUGAGAAGAAGAAGCUGCUGCAUUGGCUGCAUCGAUUUGGCUGGAACCCCUCGCCCCAUCAACUUGACAAGCUGCACUCACUCGGUCAUUCCCAUCGCAAGCAGCAUCACGCACAGCCCGAGCAUCACAGCGAGCACUCCAAGGACGCCCAAUCGGGUCAUCACUCGGGUCAACGAUCUGGCGACCGCCCGCAUCCGCAGCAGCAUGGAUCCCAAGAGUCUCAAACUGAACCACCGGCAUGGAAGUCUCUAGGCCCCAUUCCCGGAUCCGAAGUCCACCUUCCUGCCCAUCUUGGAAUUCUUCCACCUGGCCUCUCCCGCCCACGCACAUUUGGGAACGAGAACCCCUCACCUCCUCUCUCUUCUUCGUCAUCUGUCUCGGCUGCCAAUGCGCCGCUUCCCGCGCCUGGGCACGUUGCGACCUCGACCGCCACCAACCGUACGCUCCCCGCCCCUCCAUCCAUCGGCCAAGCGGUUCUCACGCAAACCCCAUCACUCCAAGCCGUGCCGACGAUGGGUAAUGCUACGAGCGGGUCGCUUGGACCAAGCUCAACGCAACCCCCGCCUCCGCCGAGCGCCGGUUCGGGCGGGAUGAUUGCCGGGAUCCCCGUGGUUGACGGUGCUGACGCCAAGAUUCCCGCGCCCAGAGUGGUCAACUCGACCAGCGCUGCUUCGGCUGUGCAUGCAGAGGGAUGGAGCAUUGUCGCAGCUGCUGCCAUCCUCGCCAUCGUAGCUUGA